AUGGCUGCAGUUUAUUUGCCGUCUAUGAAAACUAGGAAGAGAAAUGCCUGUGACAAAUGUCAUAACCUAAAGAGCAAAUGUUUGAGGACCUCAGAGGAUAAUGAAUGCAAGCGAUGUGCAAGACUUGGAUUGGACUGUGUGUACAGUGCACCCUUGCCCCUUGGCCGGCCGAGAGGAAGAAGACGUCUGAAUUCUUCUAACAACACUACCCCAUCCGAUGAUACUAGCUCAUAUAUAGCUUCCUCUGAAGUAUCAUUGAGUCUAGGUACGCUAUCCCUCCUCGUAACUUUCAUGCUUGCUAAUGAGCUCUUAGGCAGCAAUUAUACAUAUCAGAAUAGCGGGGGCGGAGAAGCUCAACAGAACUAUACACCAUCAUUACACAACUCACUCUCUGACCCAGUUGCAUCGAAUAAUGGGCGUAAUUAUGUUGCCCCUCCCCCUCGAUACUAUACAGAUCAGGACAACCGGAGUUUGGCCAUGGACCUCGUCACGAAUAACUUGUCCACCAGUGUCUCAAAUAACCAGCAAAAUAUAACAAACAAUCUUCAGUUUCAAGAUAUUGGCUUCCAAGAUAUUCAAACACAACUGUCCAUCUCCCUCGACCCUGAUUUGUCUGCCACAAUACCGAAUAGCUCCAACAAUGAAAGCUAUCAAGAAGUAUCUUACCGUCGACUUUAUCAAAUUUACCGUCUUCACACUAGGAUUCAGGAUCUAGUCGCUUUCUUUUCUUCCCCGUCUACCCAACCUUUAAUAAACACAGUGUACCCUAACCGUGAUGCAACACUAGCUGAAAUUCUCAGUGCUACUGACGAACUUGUCCAAAUCAUCAGCAUGUCCGGAUCCGAGAUUGAUUUCUGCAGUGAUGUCUCCCAGGAUAGACCAUCGCACUGCCAAUCAUACAACCAGCCGGCCAUCGCCUUCCCUUGUCAUACCAGCCCAAGUUCUCGACCCUUGAGUUUUCCAAUCAUUAUAUCUAGCUACACCAAUCUUCUCCAGAUAUAUGAGCCUGUCAUUACAGACCUAUUCACUUUGAUCCAAAGACUAUCAUCCUCAUCCCCAACCCAACAGCAACGAUGGCACAACAGUCCUACCGGAGUUUCACUCCAAGCACCAGAAAUUCUACCGGGGAGGCUGAGAGUCCUAUCCGACACGGAACCAAAUGUCUAUUUUCUCGCGAGCCUGGUCUCUCAGUCUGUCGAACGACUACGGAAUGCAAUCUGGAGCUAUUUGCGGAUGUUGUUCCCAGAACAACGUAGCCAAAAUCUCAUGUAUGCCACUGCUGUGGGUUCACAUUCCCAGUUAACGGAGAGGGUACCACCAGACAUGCGCUAUAGAGAGCAAAGAAUCUUAGCGUGGCUUCAUGCGGUUAACAACAUGCAAUCAGAGCUAUUAUUAUGCUAG